UGUCGAAAGAAAUGCUCGCUGCACUUCCGCUUCGUAUCGACUAUUGUCCAGGCGGAGCCGCGCGGAUACACAAGGACACAAAAUCACUACAAAGGACCUUCGAAAGACACUCCAGCGAGGAAACUGCUGCUCAGUGACGAUCCAGGGUCGACGUCUCCAUCUCCUCCCCGAAGAAGACCUGACGAUAUCACCACCACAAGUCUGAUGAUAUCACCUCCACAAGUCUGAUAUCACCUCAAGAUAUCACCUCCACAAGUCUAAUAUCACCUCCACAAGUCUGAAGAUGUCACCUCCGCGAGUCUGAUACCACCUCCACAAGUCUGAUGAUAUCACCUCCACAAGUCUGAUGAUAUCACCUCCACAAGUCUGAUGAUAUCACCUCCACAAGUCUGAUGAUAUCACCUCCACAAGUCUGAAGACACCUACUCGUCUUCCGAGGAGCUGUAGUGUGUGACACCAUCAGAAUGGGGAACAGCAGCAGUGACAGAGCUAGCGGGGGUCAUGGUGGGAAAGAAGCACGUCCCAACAUCCUGAUGGACAGCACGGAGGAUGCAGACAUUUUUCAGAGGGAGGAUCAAAAGGCUCCCCAGGAAGAGCAGGAGUUUCUGGCCUGGCAGCAGGACCUGGAGAGCGACAGCAAAAGUCCAACCCCGGCAAAGUCAACAGUCUUCCGUUGGGCGGGAAACGCCAAAGAAGUCUUUGUGUCCGGCUCCUUUAACAACUGGACCACCAAGAUCCCUCUCAAUAAAAGUCAGAACAAUUUUGUGGCAAUCAUGCACUUGCCAGAGGGAGAGCACCAGUACAAGUUCUGUGUGGACGGGCAGUGGACUUUGGAUCCUACCGGGGCGGUGAUCACGACCAAAACCGGGACAGUUAAUAACGUUAUUCAGGUGAAAAGGACCGACUUCGAAGUCUUUGACGCCCUCAGGCUUGACUCCCAGGAGUCUGCUGAAAUUUCAGACUUGUCCAGUUCCCCUCCUGGCCCCUACCAGCAGGACCCGUACGUCAUCAAGUCCGAAGACAAGCUCAAGCAUCCUCCUAUCUUACCUCCACACCUGCUGCAAGUAUUGCUCAACAAGGACACAGGGAUCUCUUGUGACCCGACACUUCUUCCUGAACCCAACCACGUGAUGCUCAAUCACCUGUAUGCCCUCUCCAUCAAGGAUGGAGUCAUGGUUCUGAGUGCAACACACCGUUACAAAAAAAAGUAUGUGACCACACUUCUCUACAAGCCAAUAUAGUGACUUAAUUGUUCUGUUGCUGCCUUUCUGAUGUGGACACAUAUCAUGCUGUUAAUAACUUUGCUUUAUUUACACCGUUUGUAUAAGCAAGGGGUGUCCAAACAUUUUCUAGCGGGGGCCGCAUACAGAAAGAAAUGAAGUAUGCAGUUUUUUUUUUAAUACAUUUUGUAAAUGAAAGAUGUCCAAAAAGAUAGUAUAUGUUAAGCUAUCUGAACAAUACAUCCACAUCUGAGCUGACAAAGUAAAUCAGUGUAAUAUCAAUCAUCCAUCGAUUUUAUACCGCUUGUCCCUCUCGAUAUAUUAUUCAUCAUGAAUGAGUUUUCUUUUUAAACUGGCCAAGGGUCAAAGAAAAACAAAAUGAUGCUGCGUGGACAUAUUUCAAUUGUAAUCAAAGGACAUGUUCUUUAGUUCAAGUCAAUAAUGUUGCUUUGUUGCUUCUCAUUGAGCCGGAAUGACAUCCAAGUAGUCGAUUGCUGUAUCGGACCAAAGCUGUAAAAGUGCAGUGCCUUUCUAUUCCAAGCUGAAAAUAGAUAUCAGGAGACCAACAAUUCUAAAUGUUCAUUUAACUUCAUUUUGUCGUGCCAGAAAAUGAAUAAAUGACAUGAAAAGUGUGGUAAGUCAAA